AUGCCCGUCGAUCGUCUUCAGUGGGACGUGAUGAUCAGCAUCCUAAUCGUAGCUCCCGGUAGCUUCAGGCCUGCAACAGUCAUAGGGGCAGGAGUGACUAUGAGCAAUGCAAAGCGGAGAUCGGCCAUGGCCAGACGGCAGACUCCUCUUCUCCAGCCCCUGCUGGCAAAGCUGUGCACCUGGGAGUAA